AUGCAAGUGUCUACAGUUCAGCCAGUAUUUAAAUUAGAAUUAAAUCAUAAAGUUACACCGAAUGUUGUUACAAUAGCAAAGUAUGAUGGCACACAUCCUUGUCUUACUGCAUCAGCUGGAUAUGAUAAAAUUAUAAUACACCACCCUCAUGGCGGCAUCGCAAGUGGACGGGCUCAACGCUCAGAAGCUCAUGGAGAGGUUUCUGAACUGAACCUCAGUCAGGCUGUCAUCGCAGUAGCCGCGGGGCCCAUCAAACCAGACUGUGGAAGGGACAUGCUUCUCAUUGGAUCCCCUACUCAGAUAUUAGCAUACGAUGUAAAUGAAAAUACGGAUCUCUUCUUCAAAGAGGCUCCAGAUGGCGUGAACGUCAUCAUCACAGGGAACUUUGCUAAAUAUAACGAGACGCUGGUGAUCGUUGGUGGAAAUAGCUCCGUGCAAGGUCUCGAUGGCCAAGGAAAUGAAUUGUUUUGGAAUGUUGUUGGGGGCAAAGUGUAUGAUAUGAUCGCUUUCGACUUCGACAAGGAUGGAGAGAACGAGCUCAUAAUAGGCUGUGACGAUUCAUUCAUCAGGGUGCUGAAAAAUAAUCAGUUCAUUGUGGAACUGGCGGAGACAGGUCCAGUCGUAUGCUUGUCCGCAGUGUCGGACGUUAGAUUUGCGUAUGCUUUGGCGAAUGGGACCAUUGGUAUUUAUGAAGAAGGAAUACGUUUGUGGAGAGUCAAGUCAAAGCAAAAUGCACUCUCACUACGAUGGUCAGGGGACUCGCUGGCCUGUUGUUGGGGCAACGGUCGCAUUGACUGGCGUGAAGGAAACACGGGGAAGGUACUUCGACGCGUUCAAAUGAGAAUGAAUGCAGCAGCAAUGCUUCUUGCAGAUUAUCGUUCUGUUGGUGCCCCCGAUUUGGUCUGCAUAUCUGAUAGGGGCGAAGUUUUGGGUUUCUCUCCGUAUCAAGAAAAUGCCGGUUUCAAUGCAACAUCAAAGAAGAUGCCAACGGAAGAAGACAGGAUGGCCAUUACUGAGUUAUUCAAUAAGAAACAAGCAUUAUUAGUUGAACUUCAGCAUUAUGAAGCCAAUGCUGCUAGCAGCUCGUUAAGCCUGGAGAGUCCUGACCGUCCUAUGAGUGCAAUGCCAACUAACACGCGCUUGCAGGUCGCCGUUAGCGCAGUACCUGAUGAGGGAAAUUUGAAUUUAGCAAUAUCUACUAAUAAUGAGACGAUUGUCCGCGCGGCGUUAAUUCUGGCGGAGGGUGUAUUCAAUACUGGGGAGAUGUUGGCGCGACAUCCGCUACCUGCUCAUCUUCGAUCCAUUCUGCAUGUACCACUGAAGCCUCCAAGAGAUGUACCAGUUGAUGUGCAUAUAAAGGCACUAGUUGGUUAUGGAGAUAGUGAACAGUUCCAUAUAUUUGAACUUACAAAACAACUGCCAAGAUUUUCUAUGUACACCCUAGCUCCUCCAUCAUUAGCAAACACAAAACAUGGUAGCAAUGUUACAUUCCGCAUUACUGAGAGAGUUCAAAGGAUCUGUAUUUGGUUGAACCAGAACUUCCUUCUAGAGCAGGAAAUUGAACUAGAAUCAGAAGAGACAAAAGAACUUCACAUAAGUUUCAUUUGUUUGAGAGAUAGGACUCGGUUGGAAAUGGAUUUCAAAGCAGAUGGGCAGGUCAAGUUUAGUACAACUGAUAUACGACUUGCUGGUGAUCUUGUACAGAGCUUGGCCAUUUAUUUAAACUUAUCUGACUUACAGUCGGUCGCUCAUUUCCCGGAAGCUGAAAAGAAACUUCGUGUAGAAAUGGAGAAUGUUUCAGAAAUAGGGGAAAUGCGAUCUCGAUUAGCCGCUGAGACAGCGGAGCGCGCACAAUUAGUUACUGCAUUGUUACCUGCAGCACAAGAUGCAGCGGCGUACGAUUUAAAAGAAAUGCUGAAUCGAUAUAAAGAAGUAAUCAUGUUGAAUGAGGAACUAUUAACAGGGUGUCAUAUACGUAGAGCAACUCAAGAGCAAGCAGUUACUUCGCUUAAGAAUCUUCAUACUAUUUUACAACAAGCAACUCGAUUACGAGUGGGAAAAUACAGUAAAGCGGUUGUGUCGGCGAGCAGAAAAGCUGUUAAGGAAAACAAUAUAGAAGCUUUAAUUAAAAUAAUUCAAGUAGGGGAUUCCUGA